GACAAAAUUUUUCCGUUUUCCGUUCCGUUCCGCUUUCAGUUCCGUUUUCCGUUCAGGGUUUUAGCAACACCCACCUUUAACUGGUUAUGACCCAGAAAAAAAUGUGGUACAAAGCCAAUAUUCAUAUUAGCAAUACCAGUCUUUAAGUGUACAUAUUUCAACAUAUUGUUCUUUGACUUUAUGAUAAGUACGUACAUUUUAUAAAUGAAAGAAAACUUGUAUAUGUUUAUGGCUAAAAGUGGAUUUAAUACUACAGUUUCAAAGAGAUUCACUGAAAACAACAAACUUUUUCAAACCGAAAGUUGAUUAAUGAUCGAUGAGUUAUGGACUUUAAAUCUCAAUAAGGAACGUAUAAUUUUUUUUAAAUGGAUCAAUCUAUCAAGAGUAAAAGUAAGAAACUGUUUGUGGCAGCCAUUGAUUUCGGAACGACGUACUCCGGAUAUGCCUUCUCCAUUUCCCAGAACUGGCGCAAACUCAUGGCUUGUCAUUGGCAGGGAGGUGGCCUCAUCUCUCACAAGGCCCCGACUGCCCUACUUCUCAAGAAGGCUGGGGGAUCAGACCCAGUCUUCGAGGCCUUUGGUUAUACAGCUGAGGAUCGGUACGCCACGUUGACGGCAAAAAAGGAACAUAAAGACUACCUUUACUUCCAGCGUUUUAAAAUGAUCCUACAUAAAGACUUUGAAGUCAACAAAUCCAUAGAAUGUUCGGAUAUUACAGGUGAGAAGUUAGAGGCCACUCAAGUUUUCAUGCAUUGUAUAAGGUAUCUAAAGGACCACUUAAUAGAUAAAAUCAACGAAAAGUUCGCGGGUACCAGUGAUAGAGACAUUGAGUACGUGUUGACAGUACCAGCAAUCUGGGGAGACAAAGCCAAGAUGUUCAUGAGGGAGGCUGCAGUAAAGGCUGGAAUAGAGAAAGACCACCUCAUUAUGGCUCUAGAGCCCGAGGCAGCAUCUAUCUAUUGUCAACAUUUACAGAUAGAAAAUCUGAGGGACCCUAACGCCAGUGUCCUAGGGUCAGUCGACAAUGGAACCACAUACAUGGUUGUUGAUUUAGGAGGUGGUACUGCAGAUAUAACAGUUCACAAGAAAUGCAUUGACAAUACAUUGGAGGAAAUCAUGCCAGCCAGUGGGGGUCCUUGGGGUGGAAAGUCAGUAGACGACAAAUUUAUUGACUUCCUUUCAGAGUUAGGAGGCAAAAAAGUUCUGAAACUGUUGAAGGAAACUAAUAUGGAGGACUAUGUAGACAUUUUAAGAACCUUUGAAAGGACAAAACGAGCUAUAACGCUUGAAAAGAAAGGAAAUGUCUUUGUCCGUAUACCACUUUCCUUCAUUAACCUGUGCAAAAAAGAGAAUAAUCUAGAUGAUUUUAGCCAAGUAAUUAAGAAAUCGCCCCACAAAGAAAAUGUGAAUUACGGUCCAGGUAAGCUAAAAAUGACCGCAGAUUUUGUCAGGGGGUUCUUCAAGAAAACAUCCGAUGGCAUCGUAAAACAUAUUGAGGAUUUAUUUAACGAGGAAGCCGUCAGAGAUGUCAACCACAUUCUCAUGGUGGGUGGAUUCUCUGAAUGUAAGCUAAUUCAAAAGGCUAUAAAAGAUAAUUUUCCAGAGAAAAGAGUCAUUAUCCCAGAAGAGUCUGGGCUUGCUAUUUUGUAUGGUGCUGUUUACUUUGGACACAUCCCAGAUGCUAUAUCUAGAAGAGUAGCAAGGUUUACCUACGGGAUUCAAACUUGGCCUAAAUUUGAUUCUAAGACACACAGAAAGGAAAAACAAGUUGAUAUUAAAGGAGAAAAGCGCUGCAAGGAUGUUUUCUUCAGUUUCGUACGAAAAGGUGAACAAAUAUCCAACAGCUUUUCUAAAUCGCAGAUCUUUCGACCUCUUCACACAGAGGACGCCAUACUUGAGUGCGGAAUUUUCGUUUCUACAGAAAAGAAUCCGGAAUAUGUAGAUGAUGCCAGCUGCCGUCGCCUUGGUACGCUACGAGUUUCUCUCCCAAAAGUUUCGGAUGCAACUCAGCUAGAGAUAGAGGAAACGUUCUACUUCGGCGAGACAGAGCUUCGUGUCGUUGCUCGUGACGUCAUCAGCAAUUUAUCCCAGGACAUUGUCGUCGAACUAUUAUAAUAAGACAAAUAUGUUAUAUUUUAAGUAAUUCAUAGCUAGUUUUAGCAGUUUAAAGAAGAGGGUACUUAGUGAUGAGGAUCUCCGUCCCUCUGUUACGCUUUAUAUCCUCAACUCCUCUUAUACCGACCUAUCGAUGAAAUUUAAUAAAACUUUUACAGAAUCUUUGUUCCAUACAUAGUGUCAUUGUGCACCUCCUAUUUUACUUUUUGAUCGGGUUUCCUAUAGCUAAACAUAGACAUGUCCAUUUUUUCUAUAAUAUUGAAGGAAAUCCAUCUUGUAUAGCCCUGAAAAAAAUUAAAUGAUACUUUCAU